AUGCCUCCUUACUCAUUCUUCUCUGGCCAACCCGCCCCGGUCGCGAAUCUUGUAGCGUCGCUCAGCAGACCGGUGCUGUCCAUCGACCGCCAGCCGAAGCUUUUUCAUUCGCUCCAACAGGAACACAACUCCGUCCUGAGCCUCGCGGCCGAUGAUGAGAGUAUAUACACUGGCAGCCAGGACGGCCAGAUUUCGGUCUGGGACAAAACUACCUUCAAGCUUAGGGCGGUCUUGAAGGGCCAUAACGGCAGCGUUUUGGCUCUCGAAUAUGCCCCCGAAAAACACUGGCUCUUCAGCGCUUCCGGCGAUAGCACAAUUCGCGUCUGGAACACGCGGAACCACGCCCCGCUCUAUCUCGUGCACCCACAUCUGGAGACCGACUCUGGCGAUCUCUUCUCGCUCGUCUGGUGCCCACAGUUGCAGACGAUCUACUUCGGCUGCCAGAACACGUCUUUGCAGUCGUUCUCCUUCUCGAUCCCGACCCUAGAGCACGCAUCGUUCGGCAUCUCGCUCCCGUCUGACGGCUCGAUCCACAGCGGGACGUCCACCCCAACGUCGAUCUCGCGCAAGGCGCACAAGUUCUUUGACAGUUACCCGCAGUACACACGUCGGCCCGCGGACCUCAACGCGCGCAACCCGACCUGCGCGUCUUGCCUGCCAACUUCCGUUUCGAACACACUAGCGACCUCAGUGUCGUCGUCGUCACCAUCUUCGGGGCCUUCGACGCCCCCACAGGAUGGGUGCGUGCAGGACGAUCAUGUAAAGGCACCCUUGGCGACGCUGCAUGUGCUCCCGGAAAACGUAGUGUUCUCAGCGCACUACGGGUAUGUGUACUGCAUGGCGCUGCUGCCGAGCAACCGGGAAGGCUCGGACGACGCGUUCUACGAGGACACGCACGACGGCAGCCUGCAGCUCGUGACAGGCAGCGGCGACUCGACCGUCAAGCUGUGGCAGCUCCCGCACGGGCGGACGCAGGACGCGGCGCCGCAGCUGCUGCAUACGUUUGACUGCGGCGCGGGCGCGGUGCUUGCGCUCGCGGUGCGCGGGGACACGGUGUAUGCGGGCUGCCAGGACGGGCUGGUCAAAGUCUGGGAUCUCGAGACGCGUACCCUGGUCCGCACGCUUCUCGUUGUCGAGAAUGUUGACAUUCUGUCGAUGUCGAUGUUGCACUCCGACUUGUACGUGUGCUCGGCGAAUGGGGACAUACAGCGAUGGUCUGCGUCGUUUGACCUGGUCGGCUCGUGGCGCGCACACGACGGCAUCAUCCUGUCGUCGAUCAUCACGCGCUUCCCGGCCGAGGACACGGUCACGGUGCAGGCGCAGGACGAAUCGGAGCGGUUCGCUCUGGUGACGGGCGGAAACGAUGAUAUGAUCAAAGUGUGGGAGGUCGCGCCGCCGAGGUCGGACAGGCACGCGCUGUCGGAGCUGAGCCGCUUUGGGAAUACGACGGACAUCUCGAAAAGCAUCAACGAUAUCUUGGUGUAUGCGCUCACGAAGUUUGUUGGCAUUCCGAGCGUGAGCAACUCGCCCGUGCACAAAGAGGACUGCCGGCAGGCCGCGAUCUGGCUUCGGAAGUGCUUCACGCAGCUCGGUGCCGAAGCGUCACUCCUACCCACAGGCGAGACGACGAACCCGCUCGUGCUCGCGACCUUCCACGGCACACGCACGUCCGCAAAUCGCCCCCGCGUCCUCUUCUACGGACACUACGACGUGAUCUCCGCGCGCCCCACCGGCUGGACAUCCGACCCAUUCACGCUCACGGGCCGCAACGGGUAUCUGUACGGGCGCGGCGCGACGGAUAACAAGGGCCCGAUCAUGGCGGUGGCGUGUGCGGCGGCGGAUUUGUUGGCGCGGAGGGCGCUCGGGGUCGAUUUGGUGCUGCUGGUGGAGGGCGAAGAAGAAGCGGGGAGUGGGGGUUUUGCGGAGGCGGUGAAGAGGCAUAAGGACGCGAUUGGGCCGAUCGACUCGAUUCUGGUCAGCAAUUCGACAUGGAUCGCCGAGGACACGCCGUGCAUCACGUAUGGCUUGCGCGGGGUGGUGCAUUGUAACGUCGAGAUCGCAAACGACGGGCCAGACCUCCAUUCAGGCGUCGACGGCGGCUCUGCGCGAGAACCUAUGUUGGACAUGGUUAAGCUGCUCGGCACACUCACAGACUCGAGCAACCGCGUCGCGAUCCCUGACUUCUACGACCGCGUGCGCGCGCUCACGGAGGACGAGCGGCAGCUGUAUAAGGUGCUCUCGAGCGUGACGCAGACCCCGGCGUCGCUGCUCGCCGCGCGCUGGCGCGAGCCCUCGCUCACGAUCCACAACGUCGAGGUGUCCGGGCCGCGCAACUCGACGGUCAUCCCAUCGAAGGUGCGCGCGCAUAUUUCGGUGCGGAUCGUGCCCGACCAGGCGCUGGAGGAGAUCGCGGCGGCCGUGCAGGAGCACCUGAGGAAUGAGUUCGGGCGCAUGCGCUCGCCGAACACGUUGAAUGUCACGAUUGACCAGACGGCGGACUGGUGGCUGGGGAGCCUGGACGACCCGUGGUUCCACGCGCUGGAGAGCGCGGUAAAGGACGAGUGGGGCGUGGACCCCCUACGGAUCCGGGAGGGAGGGUCCAUCCCGUCGGUCCCGUACUUGGAGAAGGAGUUCUCCUGCCAUGCACUCCACCUGCCGCUGGGCCAGAGCACGGACCAAGCACAUCUGCCAGACGAGCGCAUAUCGCUGUCGAACCUGCGCCGAGGCAAGCGCGUCGUGGAGCGAUUCCUUGCGAACGUCGCGAGCACGCCGUCGCCUUCUCCCGUACCACCCUCCGUCGAUCGCGACGCAUGAUGCAUCUGGUAUGAUCGAAAAUAGCUGCCUUUGAGGAGAGACGAUGUAGCAUGUAAGAUGGAAGUGGAUAACAUAGUAUAUGUAUUGCGCAGUGCACACAGUAAUAAGACAUG